ACCUAGCUGCUCUGAACUCCGCUCGAAACCCUAGCCGCCCCCAUCAUCCCUUCCUCCCACCCCGCCGCCCGCCAUGCCCUCGCCGGCGCCGCACCUCGUCGACGAAAUCCUGGAGGAGGUCUUCCUCCGCCUGACCACCCCGGCCGAGCUCGCCCGCGCCUCAACCGCCUGCCCCCGUUUCCGCCGCAUCAUCACCGACCGCUCCUUCCUCCGCCGCCACCGCAAACGCCACCCACCUCCGCUCCUCGGGCUCGUGAACGUGGAUGGCAGCUUCCAACCAGCCGAGGCGCCCCACCCCUCCGCCCCGCUCGCCCGCGCUCUCGCCGACGCCGCUGAUUUCACCUACUCCUUCGUCCCCGCGCCCAGCAAUGGCAUCCCCUGGCAUGUCCGCGACGUCCGCGAUGGCCGAGUCCUCCUGGAGGCCUGCCAGGUUUUGGAGACCCUCAAAGACAUGGCGCUGUGUGAUCCCUUGUCACGGCGCUACGUGCUGCUUCCGCCCAUACCGACGGACCUCGCUGUCCAGGAAGAGUACCCAUUUGAUAUCGUGCCCAUCCUUGCUCCCAUUGCGGAUGAUGAAGAUGAUAUGUCGUUCAAGGUGAUAUGCUUAGCCAUCUAUGGUUCCAAGCUAACCGCCUUUGUCUUCUCGUCUGUCACACAGCAAUGGUGUAUAACUGCAUCUAUCGGUUGGAGUUUGUUAGACGCGCAUCACCCUCCCCUUGGACUGUGCAUGUUUUCCACUUAUGGGUUCUGUGGCUUGCCCGGUUUCGACAACGAGGGCGGAUGCUUCUACUUGGCGUCACCUUUGUUAGACAAGUUGUUCGUGCUGGACACACAAAAAAUGGAGUUUCUCACUGUCAACUAUCACACUGGCUAUGAUAUACUGGUCAGACACCUGCCUGGCCGGAUAAUCGAAUUUCUCGCCAGAUACGAUGAUCCCCAUAUAAUUCAACCUGGCCAGGACAGAAGUAUGCGUGGCAUUGUAGUAGGUAGAGAAGGAGACCUCGAGAUGUUUUCUCUCAUCGGUGAUCACAGCCCAAAUGGCUCAUUUGAUCUCUAUCAUACGACUCAGCAAAGCAAUGGUGAAUCUUCCAAUGAAUGGCGGAUGAAGAAUAUUAUACCAUUGCCUGGAGGGCAUGACUAUUUCACCAUGAGUGCGGCUGAGGGAUUAUUGUUCCUUGGAGCCACUACAGAAGAUCAAGUGGGCUUUGAUAGAGAGUCUGGGCCGCCAUUGUCCAGGAUUGAUUGGGAUGUAGAUUAUUUUUCGCUUGAGGUCAAGACUUCUGAACUGAGGAAGGUUUGCACGAGCAAGGGGAAAUUCUUCCAUGCUGAACAUGUUCACUGGUACUUUGGCUACCCCCCGUCGCUGUCAAAACCGAGUGUAUGAAGUGGACUGAUGAACUUGCUUUGCUUCUGUUGUCUUUUUUUGGGCCAUGCAUCUGGAGCCUUUGAAGAGAAAUGGAGGAUGGGCAAAAAGAUGGUGCCGCGCAAAUAGUACUUGAGCAUGGUAUUAUUUACAGGGAAUCAUUGGUACUUGAGCAUUGGUAUUAGUAUUUUAGUCGACGUAUACUUUGCUACAUAUGUUGAUGUUAAGCGUGUCAAAGCAAGACAUGAUGGGAGCAAGGUGAAUUUUGGCGAAUGUUUGUAUGUAAGAUGCUUGUUGUUGUGUGUGUUUGGAAAAUGGUCGUAUACUUUUGUCGAAACUCUAAGUGGUUGCAGCACA